CGGGGCGGUGCGCGGGGCCGCGGGGGAACGGCCCGUGCUCGGUGCUCCGCCCGGUGCGCGCCGCUCCGCCCGCCCGCCCGCCCGCCAUGAACUCCCUGGACCAGGCUGAGGAUCUCAAAGCUUUUGAAAGAAGACUUACUGAAUACAUUGCAUGUUUGCAACCAGCUACAGGACGUUGGAGAAUGAUUUUGAUAGUGGUAUCAGUCUGCACAGCAACUGGGGCUUGGAACUGGUUAAUAGACCCAGAGACACAAAAGGUAUCAUUUUUCACAUCACUUUGGAAUCACCCAUUUUUCACAAUUAGCUGUAUUACCCUAAUAGGCUUGUUCUUUGCUGGAAUACAUAAAAGAGUGGUGGCACCAUCAAUUAUAGCAGCCCGAUGUCGAACUGUUCUGGCAGAAUAUAAUAUGUCCUGUGAUGAUACUGGAAAAUUAAUUUUGAAACCUAGGCCUCAUGUUCAAUAAGGGCUGUCUUCCUUCAUUUUUUUCCACUGCCAUGGAAACCAAAAAUGACCUUUUUUAAGGUAGUAUGACAGCAAAAAAUCAAAUGGGACUGGUUGUCACUGCCUGGGAGUAAAAGUCUUAACACAGUUGACAAUGAAAGUGUGCAAUAUUACUUUCUUGAAUAUUUAUCCAAAUUCUUUGUUAUCAUAUUAUCAGUGCUUUUGCUACUUCUGAUUACCUCUUUUUCAGUAUUUGUGUCACUUUUUUACUUCAGCUAGAACAGAACAUACAGGUGAAGUAUGUUAAUUGGCAAUGAAGUUGAACUUGAAAAUGAAACCUCAUUUGUGUUACGUGUCUAUGUAAGCUAUUGUAAAUAGCAGAUUGAUGCCAAUGUUCAGGAAAAAAGUAAUACCUGGUCUGUGGAUUUUCUUGUUCUCAUGAAGAGUAUUGAAAGGAAUGUUUGCCAUUCUCCUGAUGUUUUAUUAGCACACUUCCUCAUUACAGCUGUCCUUGUCUCCUGGUCACUCUUUUUGGAACUGGUUUAAAGGCUCGCAGGAAGACUGACUGUUUGUGCUGGAGAAAACUGGUCUUACUGUCUAAGAACUUCGCAAAUAUAUCAAGGAUCACAUUUGUCAAGUUGUGUAUAUAGUGCACCAGCCACUUUCCUUGUGGUCAUACGUAGUUCCUCGUUUGAUCUGGUUCAAAACACUUAAUUUUAAGAUUUUAAUUUU